UCGAUGCACACUUGAAUCCGCACUAAACGUUGUAACUCUGUAACAGCUCAUGUCUACAGUAUCCUGGAAAAUAGAAAAUUCUGUUUUACCGCAGCGUACUAAAAUCUCUCCAGACCUGGUGGACAAGUUGGAGAGCCUCGCUCUUGUUGAUUUCGGAAACCAGGAAGGUGUGAACUGUCUGGAGGAAGCAAUUCGCUUUGCUGAUCAGCUCCAUGUUGUUAACACAGAUGGCGUGGAACCGAUGGAUUCUGUGCUAGAAAACAGUGCAGCUCUGAGGUGGAGGGAUGACAAUUUGAAGUUGGAUGACUGUGCGUGGGAACUCCUCCAGCUCGCCACAGACACAGUGGAGGAGUACUUUGUUUCAACUCAAGGAUAG